AUGGAGGACGAAGAUCUGCUAUCCCGGAUGACUGUGAGAGAGGCGACUCACGACGACUACCAGGCCGUUAUGAACAUGGCGUCUCCGGACACCUUUCGGGACGGUUUUGACUACCUGCCGGCCAAGUUUCACGGUUUUGUGGACGAUCCCGAUACGGUGUUUCUCCUGGUGGAGGUCGAUGGGGAAGUGGUCUUCAUCGAUGUGGAGUGUUUGCAGGAAAGCGGGAAAACAAUUUAUGGUAAAACCAUACGCGUGGCUAAACGAUUGCAAGGCAGGGGAUUCUAUAAGGCAUUCGUGGACGCCACUAACAUCAUGUACUUUUGCUGGGACGCAACCCCCAUGAAGGACCGGCUGACUGACGCCCAGAUGUCCCUACCGGCCCUCGUACCCUACCGGCCUACCGAGACCCACCGCCUGCUGCCGCCGGCCUUCUCGGCUGCGGUACUGUCUGAGGGCACCGUAUUUGUCGACUGGGUUCCGUACAAACUUUCUGAAUCCAACAUGAAGAAGUUAGUAGAAGCGAGCUGCUACAUCCUUGUCGACUCGAAUGUACCGACCGCCAAGAGUCUUAGUUUCGGCGGGAGUUACAUGACUCCCCGGGGCCGGGUGUAUCACAUAGAUAUACACUGUAAGGACGAGGCUUUAUGUAAGGCUCACAUCACAAACCACGUGAAGAACGCCUGUAGUCAGUAUACAGGCAUGAUAACCUUCUGUGUCAUGGUGAUUGACAAGGGGUUAAAGGAUGUAGUGAUGGAGUUUUGCGUCCAGUAUUUGCAUUUCAGACACCUUCCACAUGACCAUGCAUAUUUCCAUGCCUACCUUGAUCUGGAAACUUACUGGAAUUCCAAGAUGACAAAACCUGUCUCUAAGUCCAAAUACUGA